GGCGGGACUCGCGGCGGCCGCCCCGAUGUCGGGCCCGCGGGCCGCGCUGCAAGCCUGGUGCCGCCGGCAGUGCGAGGGCUACCGCGGCGUGGAGAUCCGCGACCUCAGCGCCUCGUUCCGCGACGGCCUGGCCUUCUGCGCCAUCCUCCACCGCCACCGGCCCGACCUCCUAGACUUUGAUUCUCUCUCCAAGGAUGACGUCUAUGAGAACAACCGCUUGGCCUUUGAGGUGGCAGAGCGGGAGCUGGGCAUCCCAGCCCUGCUAGAUCCCAAUGACAUGGUGUCAAUGAAAGUCCCUGACUGCCUCAGCAUCAUGACUUACGUGUCUCAGUAUUACAACCAUUUCAACAACCCCAGCCAAGCCGGAGUCCCUCCCCCUGUGAAGUGCCCAGCUGCUGCCUCCUCUCCUCCUCUGCUGUCCCACAAGAAGCCCGUGGCUGCACACGAGGGUCCCCCGGCACCACAGGAGGAUGCUCCCUGCCAGGAGGAGCGGUCUCAGCGCAGCACACUCAGCAGCACCUGUGCAGCCUGCCAGCAGCACGUCCAUCUGGUCCAGCGCUACCUGGCCGAGGGCAAGCUCUACCACCGCCACUGCUUUAGGUGUAAGGAGUGCUCCAGCACGCUGCUCCCGGGGUCCUACAAGCCCGGGUCAGAGGCAGGGACUUUCGUCUGCACGCAGCAUCGUGGCAAAUUGGCCAUGAGUGCGAAGGCGGAGAGGAGGCCCAGCCCAGACCGGCGGUCACCAGAGCUGAGAGCUGAGGCUGGGGCUGGCAGCGGGGCUGAGGAUGCUCUCCCAGCGGGAGCAGAGGCGGGGAAGGAUGAUGGCGGCUCGCUGGAGAGCACGACAGAGACCCAAAUGCCUGCAGAGGGGCUAGCAGGCCCGGCGGAGGACAGCACGGCCAGCAAAGCAGAGACAGCAAUGCCCCCUGCUCACGGUGGCGGUGGAGCAGCUGUCUCCCACACUCCCCCCAGGCCUCCCCUUCCCAGCAAGCCCUCAGUGCUCACCCAGGACAAAGGCAGCUCGCUGGACCGACGGCUCAGAGACACGCGGCCCACCCCUGCCCCAAGGAGGGCUGCCGACGCCUCGGCCCUCUCACCCCCCACAUCUCACCCCGUCCCCCGGCCCAGGUCCACUCUCCAGGGCGAGGGCAGCGAGUGUGGACCCGCCAUGAUGAAUGGUAGGGUACCUGAACCCAGCGCCCCUGUCCCAAAACCUCGAGGGAGACCCUGCUCCUCUGAUCGUGCUGGAGCUGCUGUGAGAGCCAAGGACCCGCCGUGGAUGGCCUUAGUGCAAGCAGAGCCCAAGAAGAAGCCAGCUCCCCCUCCUCCCCCAGGCAGCAGCCACGAGACUCUGAGUAGGACUUCAGAGGAGGAAGGUGGGGAGGAGGUGAGGAAAGCCAGCAGCGAGGAGAGCAGGUCUGACGCCACAGAGCCCAAAUCUUACAACCCCUUUGAGGACGAGGAUGAAGAGGAAGAGGAAAGUGCUGAUGCCCAAAAGAGCACACCUGAGCAGGAGCAGAGCGAGUCUGCUGCCAAGCCUCUCCACCCCUGGUACGGCAUCACUCCCACCAGCAGCCCAAAGGCGAAGAAGCGGCCAGCUCCACGAGCCCCCAGUGCCUCCCCACUAGCUCAUCAUCCCAUCUCUAGGCUGUCACACUCUGAGCCAUCAUCCUCCACCCCAUCUCCAGCCCUCAGCCUGGAGAGCAUCAGCUCUGAGAGUUCAGCCAAGGUGCUGGGUGACACCGAUGAGGCCUCAGUGCCCAAAAGCUCCUCAGAGCCCACAGUCCACACGCCAACAGCCACCAAGACCUGUAGCACUGACACGCCGCUGGCCAGCGUCUCCUCCAGCGAGAGCCCUGCUGCCCCAGCCAGCCUCUCUACCAACUCCUCCUUCUCCUCCUCCAGUGAGCUGGCCAGCUUCAGCGGGGAGGUGCAGCCCAGCACCCCCCACACCACCAGGAGCAUCUCCACUGGCAGCUUAAAGACCAGCCCCAGCCGGCUGCCCCCCAAACCUCCUGCUGGGGCCAGCCCUACACCCAUCCUCUCGGCCUCUGAGGGGGAUGCUGGGAGCCCGAAGACACCCUCCUCACCCAAGCCACAGCUGAAGUCUUCCUGCAAAGAAAACCCCUUCAACCGCAAGCCAUCGCCUGCCGCCUCCCCCUCCGCGAAGAAACCUCCCAAGGGCUCCAAGCCUGUGCGUCCUCCCGCCCCAGGCCAUGGCUUCCCGCUCAUCAAACGCAAGGUGCAGACAGAUCAGUACAUCCCCGAGGAAGAUAUCUAUGGGGAGAUGGAUGCCAUCGAGCACCAGCUGGACCAGCUGGAGCACCGUGGGGUGGCCUUGGAGGAGAAGCUUCGCAGCGCUGAGAAUGACAGCCCCGAGGACAGCCUGCUGGUGGACUGGUUCAAGCUCAUCCAUGAGAAGCACAUGCUGGUGCGCCACGAGUCAGAGCUCAUCUACAUCUUCAAGCAGCAGAACCUGGAGCAGCGGCAGUCCGAUGUGGAGUAUGAGCUGCGUUGCCUCCUCAACAAGCCAGAGAAGGACUGGACUGACGAGGACCGAGGGAGGGAAAAGGUGCUGAUGCAGGAGCUGGUGACCAUCAUUGAGCAGAGGAACGCCAUUGUGAACUGCCUGGAUGAGGACCGGCAGAGGGAAGAGGAAGAGGAUAAAAUGUUGGAAGCCAUGAUUAAAAGGAAAGAAUUCCACAAGGAGACGGAGACAGAGAGCAAGAAGAAAGGCAAAUUCAAGCCCAUGAAGGUGCUUAAGCUGCUGGGCAACAAGCAUGACUCCAAGAGCAAGUCACCCAAGGAGAAAAGCUAAGCAAGGGAACAGCAGCAGUCGGAGGGAUGUGCUCCCCAACUGCCUCGGCCUCUCAGCAGCUGGCUGGGGCUCCUGCCAGGGAGCUCAUCUCCCUCCGCUCCCCUCGCCCCUUCCCCCAGCUCCUUCCCCAGGCACCAGAGCUGCUGCCCCGGGGAGACUCCAGCCCUCUGCCCGGAGCGGGUGAGUCCCACCAAAAGGCUGCCCGUGCUGAGGCAGCGCCGGAGCAGGAGCGUCCCCCUGGAGGCCUCGCUCACGGGGCGGAGGGAAGACGCAGUCGCUUCACGGAUCCGCCACCCCGUUGCUUGUUCUUGUUAUUAACUGAGAAGCAAGCCAAGGAGUUUGGUGUUUGUGGGAAAACUUGCACUAAAUGCCCCCUCCCUCCCCACCCCGUCCCUUCUCCUGCUUUUAACUGUGACAGUUCCACGUGCCUCCGACCUCUACCAGGAGGGGUCCCUCCCUGCCCACCCGCUCUUGUCCCCUUCCUAUCCCGUUUUUAACUUCAGGAGAAAACUCUGGCGUUAGAGCCAGGAUCCUUUGGGUUUUACUGGCCUCAACUAAAAUGUUUAAGAAAUCACUCCCAUGUCACAAGGCUCUAGAGCCAUAGCCAAAAAAAUAACUGUGCCCUAUUUAUUUAGAGCUGUCCCCUCCCUGGGCUGGUGGGCUCUGUCACAGGGCCGAGAGGAGCCAAGGGGACCGCAUUAGAGCUGCUAGGAUGGGACUCACGCCCUACUCAGGACAUCUUACCCACCCCCCUGCUGCUAAACACCGCUGACACUGCUGCCUUCAAGGGGGGGAAAUAUUCCUUUUCCAGGCAAGGGCAGAAAAGCUCAAAACUGACUCGGUGCUGGCAAGGGACCCUGAAGCUGUGCCCCUGAGCACAACCAGAUCUGUGACCUGAUCGAGGUGAACCUGCUUUAGCAGGAGGUUGGGCUGGAUGAUCUCUAAAGGUCCCUUCCAACCCCUGCCACUCUGAUUCUGAGAGGUGCAGUCACAACUGACCCUGACCCAGCUUCAUCUGUGUGUACUUUAGAAGUGUGCAGGGGUUGGUGGGUUAUUUUUUACACCUGCUUGACUAGAUGAAUUCAACCCCCCUAACCCCAAACUUUUUAAAAGCCCUUUAUUUUAUUUUGUCAUGUGUGUGUGAGCGUGUGUACAGUGGAGGAGGGAAUGGGGGCCAGCCUUCUUCCAACCAUCCCUUCUUCCUUCCCUUCUUGUUUCCUGCCUUCUCCUCCAAGGUGAGGAGUUAUUUAUUGAAUUGUUGGAUCAGUUUGAAUUAGAGGUUCCCGGGUGUUUGGUUGGUCAGCCGUUCAUCAUGCCUUCUCAUUAGCAAAUUGGACAUAACCAGCCCUGAGCAAUCUGCUGCUACCCCUUCUAAAAACCCAACAGGCUUUAGCCCAAACACUCUCAGAGCAGUGCCUUGCAAGGUGGUUGGUGUACCAUUCUGGAAAGGGAUACUUGUUUCCCAAAACCUGAGAGACCUGAGCUCCUCUUCAAUCCCAGCGUGGCCUCUGUGGCUGGGGAGUGAUGAGCUCGGCCCUGCGCUGGUGAUGCCAUCUCACCCUUGCCAUACCCCAGCAGGCCAAUGAGGAGCAGUGGGGAGGGGAGAUCCCAAAGCACAACUGUUCUCCAAAGUCCUCUUUAGAGCCCGCUGUCGCGUCACUGUUGCCAAAGGCCAUCGGGAUCCCUUCAGCCUGAUGCCCCUUGGCCCCACGCCCAGUCAGAAGUUUGAUCUGCAAAUUCUACUGUACUAACUCUCUGACUUCCAUUCACCUGAACAGGAAUUAAAAGAAGCUUGGGAUUUACAAACCAUUCGUGGC